ACAAUUAGUUAAAUUUUUGACAAUCAUCGCCUUGAUCAUCGUCCAACGCACUACCGAGCUAGCUAAUCAAUCACCUCUUGACUGAUGGAGAAGGACACAAGCAUGCCGGCCGCGGCGCUCCAGGAGUGAGCUGAGCCGAGAGCAGUUGAGGAGGUGAGUGCCAGAGCAGAGCACGCAGGCAGGAGCAGGAUUAGCCACCAAAUCCACCACUUGACGCGGCCACACCCGCUCACACCUGUGCCGCGGCUGCCUUACCAUGUCCCCUACCCUGCCGCUCCCCCUCCCCCUCCCCCUCCUCCCCGCACGCUGCUGCGCGCUCCCAUGCCGCCGCCGCGCCGGCUCCACCUCCAUGCCGCCUUCCUCCUCCUGCCCAUCUUCCUGCUCGCGACGUGGCGGCCCGCGGCGGCGUCCGCACUCUCCACCUUCGCGCUGGCCAAGGCGGACGCCACCACCAUAGUGUGCGCGCUCCUGCCGUCCGCGGCGUCGCCUCUGCUGGUCGACCUCAACUGCACGGCCGCCGGCGGCGACCACGCGCGCCAGGAGACGUACCCGUCCUCGCACCCCUUCAACGCGCUGGCCGGAGGGGAGGACUUCCUCUGCGCCGUGGGGCCCUCCGGCGAGCGCGCGGGCGACGUGGACAUGCGCUGGUGGGACCUGUCCGGCGACGGUAGCAACAGGUCCAAGCGGGUCUACAUGGGCCCGCCGCUCCGGGCGCUGUCCUCGAGCGAGUACCGCGUCUGCGGGGUGCUCCACAGCGGGGAGCUCCACUGCUGGCGCUGGCGCGGCCUCCGCAUCUCCAGGGACCUCCGGUUCGUCGCCGCCGCCGUCGGGGACGGAUUCGUGUGCGCCAUCCUCAAGGGGACGCCGGCCUCCAUCCGCUGCUUCGGCAACGACACAGCGGCCCCGGCCGUCGCCGGCGCGCCGACGAACGGGAGCUUCGACGUCGUGGCCGCUUGCGCCCACCGCGCGUGCGCGCUGUCCACGGCGGGGGCGCUCACGUGCUGGGGCCGCGACCCGCCGCGCGUCGGCCCGGGCGAUGCGGCGGCCACCGGGUACGCGGCGCUGGCAUUGGGGGAGGACGGCGUCUGCGGCCUGCGCACCAAUUUCACCAUCCGCUGCUUCGGCGACGGCGUGGCCCACCCGCCGCCCGACCUCGCGCACGCCCAGUUCCUCGACGUGCGCGCGCACGGCAAGGCCUUCUGCGGCGUGCUCAUGGCCAACUACUCCCUCGUCUGCUGGGGCGGCCCUGAGUUCAACACCACCAACCGCCUCGUCUUCGGCCGCGUCAUGCCGGGCCCCUGCCUGCCCAUGUCCUCGUGCCAAUGCGGCGUCUUGCCGGGCUCCGCCAACUUCUGCGACGACAGCCGCUGCGUCUGCGUCGACUGCGCGUUCGAGCUCAACGUCGCCAGGCCCAACGCGUCGGUCGUCCCCGGGAAGGGAGGUUGGAGCAGGAGGACCAUGUGGAUUGCAAUCGCCGCGGCGGCCGCCGUUUUCCUCGUGUUCUUCGUGGCAUUCCAGUUCGCGCUGGUCCUAUGGUGUCGCCGCCGCCGCCGCCGCAGGAAAGAACUGGAUGCCUCCGCUGGUGUGCAGCAGUCGCUGAUGCCGCCGAGGCUCGGGUCCAGCAGGAGCAAGGGCCCGGGCAGCGUGGUGGAGCACUUCACGCUAGACAUGCUCCAGGCCGCGACGGACGGGUUCUCCGAUGACAGCCGGAUCGGAACCGGGAGCUUCGGGUCCGUGUACCGUGGCACCCUACCCGACGGCCGCGAGGUCGCGAUCAAGCGCGCCGAGGACUCGGCCAAGGCGUCGAGCUCGAUGGCGCGCCCGGCGCGGCGCCGGGACCGCGAGACGGCGUUCAACUCGGAGCUGACCGCGCUGGCGCGCGCCAACCACAAGAACAUCGUGUGCCUGCUGGGCUGCUGCGCGGACUCCGGCGAGCGCGUGCUGGUGUUCGAGUUCAUGGCGAACGGCACGCUGCACGACCAGCUCCACAGCCGCAGCCCCAUGGCUGCGGCCGUGUCGUCGUGGCGCGGCCGCCUCACCAUCGCGCUGGGCGCGGCGCGGGGCAUCGAGUACAUGCACGUCUACGCCGUGCCGCCCAUCAUCCACCGCGACGUCAAGUCCGCCAACAUCCUGCUCGACGACGCGUGGACGGCCAAGAUCGCCGACUUCGGGCUGUCCUCCGUCCUGGACCCCGGCGUGGGCGCCUGCGGCGACGGCACGCCGCAGGAGCCCCUCUACACCGGCGGCACGGUGGGGUACAUGGACCCGGAGUACUACCGGCUGCAGCACCUGACGGACAAGAGCGACGUGUACAGCUUCGGCGUGGUGCUCCUGGAGCUCAUGUCCGGGUGCCGCGUCGUGCAGCGCUACGCCGAGAGCGUGACGCCCAAGAACGUGGUGGAGUUCGCGGUGCCGCACAUCCUCGCCGACGACGUCGCGCGCGUGCUCGACCCGCGCCUGCCCGCGCCCACGCCCGACGAAGCCGAGGCGCUGGCCUACGUGGGCUACCUCGCCGCCGACUGCGUGGGGCCAGUGGGGUGCGACCGCCCGUCCAUGACCGAGGUCGUGGACGCCCUGGAGCGCGCCCUCGCGGCCUGCGGGGCUGGGCCGCUCUCCCGCGCCGGCACCGGCCGCCGCCCCGUGCUCUCCCGCUCCGGCACCGACCAGUUCGACCUCACCGACACCGACUAGCCGUCCAGAACCCUCUGCUGCUGCUGAGUGCUGACGAAACGUAGCCAUUCGCAUCGCGUCAUCUGCCACUUCCAUGGACCAUGGUGUCUGCCAACUGCAAGCCGCCGCACGCGCGUCGCCACUGGGGACACCAAAUGGCCCUGUCCCUGGGCCAUGGCUUGCCGUUGAAAAAGGCGAUCAAGCAAGAGCCAGAUCACAAGGCAAUCGACGCCGACACCUCCGAUGCUGCUGCGUGAUCAACGGCUUGAUUUCUUCUUCGUGAGAUAACCUUCGAUUGACUUGCGAACAACCCCACACAACGACAUGGCAGCGGAUCAACACAUGGCCCGUCGUGUAGGCAAAACGAUUGACGAGGCCAGCACGACGGGAAAAAGAUCAUUCAUUCUUUCUUUCUUUCUCCCCACUUUCUCCUUCCUUGCUGUAUUCGUUGUACACUUGUAUCUUUGCUUUCGGCUUCUCCCCAUUGGAAGGUUUCCAUAUUCUUUUACCAAUGUGCAUAGAUAGAUCAGCGACAAAGAUUGAGAAGAAAAGAAUCACGAUUUACAUGUGCUUUCAGUUUUCUAGUGAGGAUUGUUGUUAGGACCCGUUCAUCUGUAUUAUUCAUGGAUUUUUUUUUUA